UCGGAGAGCGGAGAAAAUCGCGCCGGCGGAGCUGAGGACGCCGGGUGUGAGAACGAGAUGAAAUAGCGGGAACGAUGAAAAGGAGAACGCCCGACGAUCUGCUCGCGUCUUGCCGCGAACGAAGGGAAAGCCGCCGCGCUCCGGCGUCGCCGCGGUGAUAUCGCGCGACGUGCACGCGUCAGGACGACGAUGAGCGUCGUGUGACCGCCGAGUUUUUCGUCUCGUUUUACGUCCGCCCUCCGCGGCUCACGACGCACGCCCGACUCGUCCGGACACAGUGAGUUUUCGCGACUGUUGCAUCGUCGUUAUCGAACCGUCAUCCGACUCUGCAUUAUUUCGUUACACUCCAACGUUGUCCUUAGCGUGAUAUUAUAUCCUACGUAUACCGAUCGUUUUUACUCUGUGGUGGGAUUAUUGUUGACUGUUUUUUUUCCCUUGUUACUCUUGUUAUUUUUGGAUUAUACGACGCUCCCCGGUGCGGCCUGAAGACAGUGUUGACAUAGUGAACCGUGAGGGGUUUUAAUCGCGGAAGUUUGAUCGAAGUCCUGUGAGGAUAUCAGUGAGGUGUUCUUUUACCGUGGAUGUGCCCGAUCUGUUGUAUUCGUGACACGAGGAAGCGGGGUGGGUUUUGUUCUCGGGAAAAUGGAGUGAGCGUUCGCGAGAUAGGGCUCCUCGUCGAAAUAUGAGGAUUACGUUCCACCGCUGCUGCGACCACCCAUCGAUUACCAGUGAAAAUGAAUCUCACGCAUGCGUUUCUGCUACUGCUGCUCGUCGUGAGCUCAAGAUGCAUGUGCUCGAGCGGAUACACCGGACAAAAUUGCGAAAGCGAAUACAUCCCCUGCGAUCCGUCGCCAUGUGAGAACGGAGGCUCGUGCCGUCAGCUUGGCGAACAUACCUACGAGUGCAUCUGCCCUGAGGGAUUCCGAGGGGAGCACUGCGAGGAGAACAUCGACGACUGUCCGGGCAACCUCUGUCAGAAUGGUGCCACUUGCAUGGACCGGGUGAACGAGUACUCCUGCCUGUGUCCGCCGGCCUUCACCGGCACGCAAUGCGAGCUGGACGUGGACGAGUGCUCCGUGCGGCCGUCCUUGUGCCACAACGGCGCUACGUGCACGAAUUCGCACGGCAGUUACUCGUGCAUAUGCGUGAACGGCUGGACCGGGCCCGAUUGCAGCGUCAACAUCGAUGACUGUGCAGGUGCGGCCUGCUUCAACGGUGCUACUUGCAUCGACCGCGUCGGCAGCUUCUAUUGCCAGUGCACGUACGGAAAGACCGGACUCCUCUGCCAUCUCGACGACGCCUGCACGUCGAAUCCGUGUCACGAGGGCGCGAUCUGCGACACCAGCCCUAUCAACGGCUCCUUCACCUGCUCCUGCGCCACCGGAUACAAAGGACUGGAUUGCUCCGAAGACAUUGACGAGUGCGAGCAAGGCUCUCCUUGCGAGCACGACGGUAUCUGCGUGAACACGCCCGGCUCCUUCGCCUGCAACUGCACGCAAGGAUUCACGGGGCCGCGAUGCGAGACGAACGUGAACGAGUGCGAGUCACAUCCGUGCCAGAACGACGGCUCCUGCCUGGACGAUCCUGGGACGUUUCGCUGCGUCUGUAUGCCAGGCUUCACCGGUACGCAAUGCGAGAUCGACAUAGACGAGUGUGCGGCGAGGCCGUGCUUGAACGGCGGCGCUUGCACCGAUCUCAUCAACUCGUUCAAGUGUACCUGCGCGGACGGCUUCGCCGGCACCCACUGCCAGAUCAACAUCGACGACUGCGCCUCGUCGCCGUGCAAGAACGCCGGCAUCUGCCAAGACGGCAUCGCGAGGUACACAUGCGACUGCCCGCCUGGUUUCACCGGCGCUUCCUGCGAGACCAACAUCAACGACUGCCAAUCGAACCCGUGCCAUAGCGGAAUUUGCAUCGACGGCGAGAACAACUUCACCUGCAGCUGCUACGCCGGCUUCACCGGCUCACUCUGCCAGACGCAGAUCGACGAGUGCACGAGCAACCCUUGCCAAUUCGGCGGUGUGUGCGAGGAUCGCAUUAACGGCUACCAAUGCAUCUGCCGACCUGGCACGUCCGGCAUCAAUUGCGAGGUCAACGUGAAUGAGUGUUACAGCAACCCCUGCCGAAACGCCGCCAAAUGCAUCGACGGUAUCAACGGGUACGCUUGCGAGUGCGAGCCCGGCUUCACCGGCCAGCACUGCGAGACCGACAUUAACGAGUGCGCCAGCAAUCCGUGCGCGAACGGUGGCCACUGCAUCGACGUGAUAAACGGCUUUAGGUGCGAAUGCCCGCGCGGCUACUACGACGCCAGGUGCCUGAGCGACGUGGACGAGUGCGCGAGUAAUCCUUGCAUGCACGGUGGCACUUGCGAGGACGGCGUGAACCAGUUCAUCUGCCAUUGCCUGCCGGGCUAUGGCGGCAAGCGAUGCGAGGCAGACAUCGACGAGUGCGGCUCGAAUCCUUGCCAACACGGCGGCACGUGCAACGAUCACCUGAACGGCUACAGCUGCAAGUGCCUGCCCGGUUACGCCGGCACCAACUGUGAGACCAACAUCGACGACUGCGCGAACAACCCUUGCCAGAACGGUGGCUCGUGCAUCGACCUCGUCAACGACUACAAAUGCGUCUGCGAAUUGCCUCACACCGGCAGGAAUUGCGAGGAGAAGCUGGACCCCUGCUCGCCGAACAAAUGCCUCCACGGUGCGAAGUGUUCGCCGUCGUCGAACUUCCUCGACUUCGCGUGCACGUGCACGGUCGGUUACACGGGCAGACUGUGCGACGAGGACGUGGACGAGUGCGUGAUGACGUCGCCGUGCAGAAACGGUGCCACUUGCCGGAACACCAACGGCUCUUACCACUGCGUGUGCGCGAAGGGCUACGAGGGCCGUGAUUGCAUCAUCAAUACCGAUGACUGUGCAUCAUUUCCCUGUCAGAACGGCGGUACUUGCCUGGACGGCAUCGGCGAUUACACCUGCCUGUGCGUGGACGGUUUCAACGGGAAGCACUGCGAGAUCGACGUGGACGAGUGCCUGUCGCAGCCCUGCCAAAACGGGGCGAUCUGCAAGGAAUACGUCAACUCCUACACCUGCCAGUGUCAGCUCGGCUUCUCCGGCAUCAACUGUCAGACCAACGACGAGGACUGCACCGACAGUAGCUGCAUGAACGGCGGCAAGUGCAUCGACGGCAUCAACAACUACACCUGCGUCUGCAAGCCCGGUUACACCGGCUCCAACUGUCAGUACCGUAUCAACGAGUGCGACAGCUCGCCCUGUCUCAACGGCGCUACCUGCCAUGAUCACGUGCAGUACUACUCGUGCCAUUGCCCCUACGGCUACACCGGCACGCGGUGCGACAAGUACGUGGACUGGUGCGCCGACAAUCCGUGCGAGAACCAGGCCACAUGCGUGCAGCACAAGAACAAGUACCAGUGCAACUGCUCGCCCGGCUGGACCGGCAAGGUGUGCGACGUGGAGAUGGUCUCGUGCAAGGACGCCGCUAUACGGAAAGGCGUGCCGGAGAAGAACCUCUGCAACAACGGCACCUGCGAGGACAUCGGCAAUAGCCACCGUUGCCACUGCAUCGAGGGCUACACCGGCUCCUACUGCCAGGAGGAGAUCGACGAGUGCGACUCGGCGCCGUGCCAGAACGGCGCGACCUGCCGGGACCUCGUCGGCUCGUACCAGUGCCAGUGCACGAAGGGCUUCCAAGGGCAGAACUGCGAGCUCAACGUCGACGACUGCACGCCGAAUCCGUGCCAGAACGGCGGCACUUGCCACGACCUGAUCAACAACUUCAGUUGCUCCUGCCCGCCGGGCACUCUCGGCUUCAUAUGCGAGGUGAACGUGGACGACUGCGUGAUCGGUGCCUGCCACAACAACGGCACCUGCACCGACAAAGUCGGCGGCUUCGAGUGCAACUGCCCGCCCGGCUUCGUCGGGCCCCGGUGCGAGGGCGACAUCAACGAGUGCCUCUCGAAUCCGUGCGCGUUGACCGGCACCCAGGACUGCGUGCAGUUGGUCAACAACUAUCACUGCAACUGCAAGCCCGGCUACAUGGGUCGCCACUGCGAGGUGAAGGUCAACUUCUGCGACAGCUCGCCGUGCCAGAACGGCGGCAUCUGCGUCGCCAAGCAGGCGGGCCACACGUGCGUCUGCCCGCCCGACUACCACGGCGGCAACUGCGAAUUCGCCGGUUCGUAUUGCGACUCCGAGCCGUGCGCCCACGGCGGCACCUGUCGCAUCACCGAGACCAGCAUGGGUUAUAUGUGCUAUUGCCCGCCCGGCACUACCGGCGCCCAUUGCGAGAUGGACGCGGUGGACGAGUGCGCGAGCAGCCCGUGCCAGCAGCCCGAGGCCAUGUGCGAGAACAUGAUUGGCGACUACGCCUGUUACUGCCCGGCCAAAUGGACCGGCAAGAACUGCGACAUCUACGACCCGAACUACCGGGGCGGGGUGGCCGGUAGGCCGAACGCCAACGUGCCCAAGGUCACCAACAACGCGUACGAUCUCGACCUGGAACAGGAGCGCAAGAAGUGCGUCGAGAACCGUUGCGAGGAGAAAUCUGCGAAUAACCAUUGUGACGAAGAGUGCAACAAGUACGCCUGCAACUUCGACGGCAACGACUGCUCCUUGGGCAUCAAUCCGUGGCGCAACUGCACCGCGCCCAUCAACUGCUGGGACGUCUUCAUGAACGAUAUGUGCGACGAGGUCUGCAACAACGCCCAGUGUCUCUAUGACGGCAGAGACUGCGAGAGGAAACUCGCGCCUUGCAACCCAAUCUACGACGCGUACUGCAGGAAGCACUACGCCAACGGCCACUGCGACUACGGCUGCAACAACGAAGAGUGCAACUGGGACGGGCUGGACUGUGACGGGGAACCGCCAUCCUUGGCGGAGGGCGUGAUAUCGGUGGUCGUUCGGAUGGACAUGACCACCUUCCGCUCCAAUGUCGUGGCCUUCCUGAGGGACAUCGGACACGAAUUACGAACGACGUUGCGCAUCAAGCAGGACGAGCUCGGCAACGAGAUGAUAUACCCGUGGAGGCGGGACAGAGACCUCGGCCAUCACACCAACAUCUUCUUCGGGCAACCGGCGACGAUCUACACCAACUUGAACGGCGUGGUCGCCUACCUGGAGAUCGACAACAGGAAGUGCACGGUGACGCAGGGCGCCGUGUGCUUCCCCUCGGCGAACGAAGCGGCCGAGUAUCUGGCCGCUACGGCGUCGAAGCACUCCUUGUCGCGGAACUUCCCCAUCGAGCAGGUGCGAGGCGUCAUAGGAGGGCCAACCCCGGAAUACCCCGAGAACCCCACCAACUACAAGUUCGUGUUCAUCGGUGUGGUAAUCGUGCUGCUGAGCGGUCUGCUCGUGGGCGUGCUCGUCACCGCGCAGCGGAAACGCGCCGUGGGGGUGACAUGGUUCCCCGAGGGCUUCCUGAGGACCAGCAGCGGCAGCGGCCAACGUCGCCGCUCACGUCGGCGCGGCCCGGACGGCCAGGAGAUGCGGAAUCUCAACAAGCAACCGUCGAUCAACUGCAUGGACAUAGACGUGGGUAACGGCCGGGUGCAGCACUGGUCGGACGACGAGUCCGACUUGCCGGCGAAACGACCGCGCACCGCCAUCAGCGACCACACCGCCAUCACGGACUACGAGGAGAGCGAGCCGCGCAGAUGGACGCAGCAACACCUGGACGCCGCCGAGAUACCGCGGCCGGACGCCGGGGUGCUCACUCCUCCGGACCAAGACGUGGACGCGCGCGGUCCGUGCGGCAUGACGCCGCUGAUGGUGGCGGCUGUGCGCGGCGGUGGGCUCGACACCGGCGAGGAGGAAGACGAGAGCGACGGUACGGCCGCGAUGAUCGCCGACCUGGUGGCUCAGGGUGCCGAUCUGAACGCCACCACGGACAAGAGCGGCGAGACGUCGCUGCACUUGGCCGCUCGCUUCGCCCGGGCCGACGCCGCCAAGAGAUUGCUGGAUGCAGGCGCGGACGCUAACUCGCAGGACAACACCGGCAGGACGCCGCUGCACUCCGCCGUCGCGGCCGACGCGAUGGGCGUCUUCCAGAUCUUGUUGCGCAACCGAGCGACGAACCUGAACGCGCGCAUGCACGACGGCACCACGCCGCUGAUACUGGCCGCGCGCUUGGCCACCGAGGGCAUGGUGGAGGAUCUCAUCAACGCCGACGCCGACAUCAACGCCGCCGACAACAGCGGCAAGACCGCGCUGCAUUGGGCCGCGGCGGUCAACAACGUCGACGCCGUGAAUAUCCUGCUGGUGCACGGCGCGAACCGAGACGCUCAGGACGACAAGGACGAGACCCCGCUCUUCCUCGCGGCGCGCGAGGGCAGCUUCGAAGCGUGCAAAGCGCUCCUCGACACGUUCGCUAAUCGGGAGAUCACCGAUCACAUGGAUCGGUUACCGCGCGACGUCGCCAGCGAGAGACUCCAUCACGACAUCGUCAGACUGCUCGACGAGCACGUGCCGAGGUCGCCGCAGAUGGUCACCGUCAUCCCGAACGGUCCUCUCAUGGGAUCUCCAAAUCACCCUCAGAUGAUCACGCACCCGACGGUGAUCGGCUCCGCGCCGAAGCAGGCCAAGUCGAAGAAGCGGCCGAAAGCAGGCGGCACGGGAAACCCGAACAGCCCGGAGUCGGAGGGCGGCGCGGUGGUGAUGGUGAGGCGAAAGCCCUCGGUGAAGAAGCCGACGGCGGCGAAGCGCGGCGGCGCCCAGCCCCCAAACCAAGAGAUCCCCCAUCAGGAGGCGGAGGGCGCCGAGGGUAACCUGCCGAGCCCGUACGACAGCGCGAGCCUGUACAGCAACGCGUUGCCCCUGGUGGCUCACACGGCGACGGCGAAGCAGCCGCCUGCUUACGAGGACUGCAUAAAGGGCCAAUCGAUGCCGGGGCUGCAGCAACUCGGGCUGGACACCUUCGCGACCAACUACGGGCUGCCGUUUCACGACCAGCUCUUAGCGCCUCACCAGCGGCAGACGCAGGGCAUCGUGAACACCCUGUCGCCGCCGUACAGCAACCAGUCGCCGCCGCACUCGGUGCAGUCGAACAUGACGCUGUCGCCGCAGGCGAGCUACAUGGGCUCUCCGUCGCCGGCGAAGAGCCGGCCGUCGCUGCCCACCUCGCCGACCCACAUCGCCGCGAUGCGGCAGGCGACGCAUCAGAAGCACGGCGGCAUGCCGCCGGUGGGCUUCGACUUCGACAACCUGCCGUAUUCGUCGAGUCAGCAGCAGCAGCAGCAGCAGCAGCAGCAACAGCAGCAGCAACAACAGCAGCAGCAGCAGCAGCAGCUACAGCAGACGCAGCAGCAGAUCCAGCAGCAGCAACAGCAGCAGCAACAGCAGCAGCAACAGCAGAGCACGCAGCAACAGCAGCAGCAGACGCAGCAAUACUACCAGUACUUGACGCCGCCGUCCCACCAUUCCGGGCCGGACGUGACGCCGCAGCAUCUCAUGCAAGCGCCCGAGAGCUUCCCGACGCCGUCGCCGGACAGCCCGGGUCACUGGUCCUCGAGCUCGCCGCACUCGAACAGCGACUGGUCCGAGUGCAUGGCCUCGCCGAACGCGUACGGCGCCGGCGGCGGCGCUCACCAAAGCAACAAGGGCUCGGAGGCGAUUUACAUAUGAGCUUGGCGACGUUCUUCUUCUCCCCCUGCUCCUCCCCUUCGCACGGCUGAAUGGUGAGAACCGUGCGGCGAAGGAGGCGAGAGAGUGAGGGGAAGAUAUGGUGGCAGCAGCAGGGCACAAGAGGGGGAAAAGAGAGAAACGUAACGCGAACACUGUGAUCAGCUCGUCGAGAGAGUUCGAGGGCGAUUCUCCGCCGCCGUCGCCGCCGCCGUUCCUGCCCGGCGGGUGAAGACGUCGAGGACGCGAGGCGAACCACCAGAAGGGGCUCUUCCCUUGAAUCGGCGGCGAAGAGGUACCUUGUUUGUUUGUCAGCGGAGCUAACAACACCACGGCGGCGCGACGAUGCACGCGCCACGAUUAUUAUAUAUAUUUAUAUGCGUAUAAAUGUAGAUGAACGAAUAUAUACAUAUAUGUGUACAAGGGGGAGAGAGAGACCAGGACGCUGUGUACAAGAAGCUAGCUCCACGUGCUCGGACCGUGCGUAGAACCGAUUGUGCCUCUCUAACGAACGCGGAAGCGACUUUCGCGGGAGGAGAAUCGCGGGCGGGGGAAUGGCAGCGCGUCGCGCGAUUCCCUCGGCGAAGAAAGAUGGGAAGAGGGAAAGGAACACAAAAAUAGCCGAUAUAUUUUUGAUAUCGAUCGCGAUCUUUACUCUUUUUUACCGUUGUCGCUAUGUACGUCACGCAGCUCAAUGAAUGAAAACGGUGCCUUCAACUUGCCAGUGUGAAGAGACCUCCCCGGUGGACAAUAAUUAAUUAAGGAACGAGACCUUGCUAUUCUAAUGAUAAUUUUGUACAUAUCGCGUAUAGAUAGAUUUACGGGACGAGAGAAGGAGAGAAGAGAAAGGAGAGGUAGAAAGAGUUAGAGAGAGAGGGGGGGAGGGAGAGAGAGAGAGAGAGAGAGAGAGAGAGAGGAAUCGCCGCUGUGUCUUUGUUCCGCGCAGGCCAAUUAGCAGAAUAUACGCGAUGUCCCGUUUAACGUCUGUCGCAAGAAGAACCGCGUACGGACUCCUUCGUUGCAUCGAUCGUGUCCUUUGGCUGAUCUAGGCUCGUAUUAUGGAUUCGUUUGGAAUUGAUUCCGAACAGUUCCGCAAUAAAUGCCCUCUAUUCGCUGAAGAAGAGACAAGACCGAAAGAUACGACGGUACAACGACAUCGACUGCGGUUUCGGCAAUAACCGCGCGAGCUCGCCGACGAGGUGCGCGACCAUGGACUGAAGAAAUAGACUGCACGUUCCUAUGAGACAUCGUGAAAGCAAUAUUAAAGAAACACAGAAAGAAAUAGGUUCGCUUCAUUCACUGGACGAGUAUUCUCAAAGAAGCGACAUGGGGGAAAUAGAAUAAAGAAACAGACACAUUUCUUUCUUCUCACCACUGGUGUGAUCGACUUAGAAGUAACAUCCAGCCUUUCCUUGUUUUUUUCUAAAGAGGUCUAUGCAUGUAAACUUGGAUAAUGAAUACACGCGAAAAAAUUAAUCAUCAUCCGUGCGGAAAAACGACACCAUGAUAUGACGUAAUUUCUUGCUAGUGUGCAUUACUCGAGCAUGCAUAUUUCGGUAAACCUUUAUUAAUGCUUCUUCACUACGAGAGCGCUCAGUCUAUUUCUUCAAAUCCGUGUGUGUGCGCGCGCGCGCAUAUGUGUGUGUGUGUGACACCGUGCAGACGCGCAUACGCGGGGAACGAGACUAAAUCGUGCCUUCGAGUUCCGUAGGAGAGCGUACGAAAGAGGAAAAGGACACUACGCGCGGCUCUCGCGCGGGUAUAAACUCCACGAUAUUAGAUUAUCAUCGCGUCGACGGGAGCGCGGCGUCUCUCCAGACGGACGGAUGAUCAAGUGCUGGGGUUUAGCGCGACGUGUAAUUUAAUGUAAUAUGUAACAUGUAACGUGUAAUGUAAUGUAGUAACGUACGUAAGGCGAAGAGACGCGACGAGUGGGCGAGAUAUAUUAAUCUGUACGGUCGACGGGAGCAUCAGAGAACUCGUCCUCACGGCCCACGAUGCAUCGUUCCAUACAUAGACAUUCCAUUGCGUAUGGCGCCAACACUCUGCAACAACCCUCACCCCUCAAUCGCCGCCUCGACUCGCGGUAUUUAGCCCCCCCCCCCCCUCCAUCCGGGGAA